AUGCAAUGGAACACAUUGGUACAUUCAGUCGAUCAAUGGAAUUUUACAAAUCAAAGUAUAUUAUUACAUCGGUAUUAUGGUAACGCGGAGGUAAUUAUACCAUGGCUACAAGAUAUUCGACACGAAUUUACAAUCAAAAAGAAUUUAACACAAAGAGCACAAAAUAUCUUACGUAAAGCUGAAUUAAAAUUAAUAAAAAUCAAAAAUAAUGUGAGUCAUAUAAACAAUGAGGACUCGACGUCAAUAACAUAUAUUGGUGUCCAUGUACGACGUACAGAUUAUCGUGCACAUUUAUGGCGAGCUCGACGUGAUGAUCCCGCCUGGUGUCAUAAACAUUUAGGUAAACAUCGUAACGUUUAUAUUGUAAGUAAACUAGAUAGCACAAAUUCACCGGAACAGGAUUUUGCUGUAAUGGCAGCAUGUAAUCAUUCGAUUAUCGAUUAUGGUACGUUUGGUGUAUGGGGUGCAAUUUUAGCUGGUGGCGAAACUAUAGUGCACAAUAUUACUGGAUGGAUUUCAACAGAAGUUGGUGAGCUAUUACCCACAUGGCAUUUAUUAUGA